UGUGGGAAGGGAUUCAGAGACACCUCCAGCCUAAUCCAGCACCAGAGGAUCCACACUGGGGAACGGCCCUAUGAGUGUGGGGAGUGUGGGAAGGGAUUCAGAGACAGCUCCAGCCUUAUCCAGCACCAGAGGAUCCACACUGGGGAACGGCCCUAUGAGUGUGGGGAGUGUGGGGAUAGAUUCAGAGUCAGCUCCCACCUGGUCCAGCACCAGAGGAUCCACACUGGGGAACGGCCCUACGAGUGUGGGGAGUGUGGGAAGAGAUUCAGAGAGAGUGCCCAACUGAUCCGGCACCAGAGGAUGCACACAGGAGAACGACCAUACAAGUGUUCUGAGUGUGGGAAGGGAUUCACGGUCCGCUCUAAACUGAUUUAUCACCAGAUGCAGCACACUGGGGAGAGGCCCUACGAGUGUGACAAAUGUGGGAAGAGGUUUCAGACCAGCAGCAAUCUCCUCCAGCACCAGCGCACGCACACAGAGGAGAGGCCCUUCCGCUGUCCCGACUGCGGGAAGGGCUUCAGGGAAAAUGCCAUCCUUACCAAACACCGGCGCAUCCACACCGGAGAAAAGCCCCACAAGUGUGAGGAAUGUGGGAAGAGUUUCAGUCAGAGCUCCACCCUGAUCCGCCACCAGAGGACCCACACUGGGGAGAGGCCCUACAAGUGUGAGGAGUGUGGGAAGGACUUCAGGCACCGAUCCCACCUGAUCCGCCACCAAAAUACCCACACUGGGGAGAGGCCCUACGAGUGUUCCAAGUGCGGGAAAAGGUUUCCCACCAGCUCCACUCUCCUCCAGCACUACCGGACACACACGGAGGAGAGGCCUUUCCAGUGCUCUGACUGCGGGAAGGGCUUCAGGCACAAAUCCACCCUUGUCACCCACCGGCGCAUCCACACUGGGGAGAGGCCCUACAAGUGUGAGGAGUGUGGGAAGAGCUUCUCCCAGAGCUCAGUCUUGUCCAGACACCAACGGAGGCACCGCAAGCCCCACAAGUGCUCAGAGUGUGGGAUGAGCUUCAGAAGGAGAUACAGCCUGAUCUGCCACCAGAGGAUCCACACUGGGGAGAGGCCCUACGAGUGUGGGGAGUGUGGGAAGGGAUUCAGAGAGCGCUCCAACCUGAUCCAGCACCAGAGGAUCCACACUGGGGAACGGCCCUACAAGUGUGAGGUGUGUGGGAAGAAGUUUAAGACCAGUGCCCAUGUAAAGGUCCACCAGCAGAUCCACACUGGGGAUCGACCAUACGAGUGUCUCGAAUGUGGGAUGAGCUUCAGACAGAGCUCCCAUCUGAUCUGCCACCAGAGGACCCACACUGGGGAGAGGCCGUACAAGUGUGAGGAGUGUGGGAUGACCUUCAGCCACAGCUCCACCCUGCUCCACCACCUGAGGACCCACACUGGGGAGAGGCCUUUCCAGUGUGAGGAGUGUGGAAAUAGUUUCAUUGAGCGUGCUCAAUUGAUCCGCCACCAGAGCAUCCACACCGGGGAAAGGCCAUACAAGUGUGAGGAGUGUGGGAAGGACUUCAGGCGCCGGUACGAGCUAGUCCACCACCAAAGUAUCCACACUGGGGAGAGGCCCUACGAGUGUUCUAAGUGUGGGAAGAGGUUUCGCAUCAGCUGCUAUCUCCUCCAGCACUACCAGACACACACGGAGGAGAGGCCUUUCCAGUGCUCUGACUGUGGGAAGGGCUUCAGGCGAAACUCCCACCUCACCAGACACCGGCGCAUCCACACUGGGGAGAGGCCCUACAAGUGUGAGGAGUGUGGGAAGAGCUUCCCCAGGAGCUCAGCCUUGACCAAACAUCAACGGAGACACCGUUAAGGGAAGCCCUGCAAGUCCCCCAAGUGUGGGAAGAGCUUUGUCUGCUGCUCCAACUCCAUCCCCCACUGCAGGACCCACGUUGGGCAGAGCCCUGGUGACCCACCUUCCCUGGGAUCCAUGUUGGGAAGACACCUGGCUGGUUAUCCUUUUGCUUUGGCCUUAAUUUUUAUCUCUUCUACAUCUGUUUGCACUCCAAAAGCCAAGAGGGAUCAAUCUGUCACCUCUAAACCACUCAAAUCCCACUGAAAACACCUCAAUUUUAAUUCAGAAGGGCUCGAUUCCACUUCCAGGUGCCUUGUUCCCUCCUCAAAACAACUCAGUCCCACGCAAACCUUACUGGAUUCCACAGCCGGCAGGGUGAGAAGGGGUUGGAAGGAGACUGGGAGAAGUGGGAUCCAAAUUUGGAGUGGUGGGAUUGGGAUUGUGUGGGGCUGUCUGCCAAGGGAUGGAUUUGAUAGUAAAUAAAAGUUUCAGAAUUCCUGA